AGUUGAAAUAAAACGUGGUUUAAUCGCCAGUCGCGGUUAUGUCCGGGGAGCGAGCCUCUCUGCCGACCGCGGGGAAGGGCCUCCUCCGCGGGGGCAGGUCCCGGUCGUACGGCAGCCUGGUCCGGUCUCCGCUGGCUCCGGUCCGCCACAGACGGGUUGAACACAAAGUACAGCCCGGAGAAACGCUGCAAGGCCUGGCCCUGAAAUACGGAGUGACUAUGGAGCAAAUCAAAAGAGCAAACAGGAUGUACACCAAUGACUCGAUAUUCCUGAAGAAGUCCCUGUCGAUCCCCGUGAUGUCGGACUUUGACCACUGCAGUAACGGGGUGGAUCUGGUUUUAGAGGACAGUGAAGAAGACAACGCGGGCUUUGCUGCUGACCAGAAUGGGCACACGGGGAACUCCUCUGAGAAGACGCAAGACGAUGGCAAAGACAGGGCGUCAGACCUCACUCCAGUGGAUUUUUUGAAAAGGUUGGAUGGCUUGAUAAGCCAGUCCAAGCAGGCUGCUGUUAAAGGAUGCCAGGACGCAGAGAAAAGGGUCGCCGCUCUAGAAGCAGCUUGCACCAGCAGGACGUCAGACUGGCGGCCACUCACAAGGUCGCAGAGUGUCACUUCAUCUUUCCGAAUGCAGCAGCAGCAGGCAGCACAUGGAGCAGUACCCCUAACUGUCACCAAACUCACCAAGAAACUGAGAGACCGGGAAGAUGAGAUCUUCCAGCUGUGACAUGUUGAUUCUGCUGCCUCAUCUGAUCAUUAAACAAACUUUACCAGAAAGACAGAUCGCAGGGUUCGGCCUCCGGGAUUAAUAGAGCAUUACAGAUAAAGCAACAGAUCUCCAGUGAUCCCCCUGCUGCUGCAUAUAUUAAUAUAAACUUUAUAAUGGGAAGUUACACUGUCUUUUAACAGGUUCUUAAAAGGAAUAUUGCACUUGUGUAGCCUUCUUGUUUAUUUGUUGAGACAUAAUGUAGAUUAUGAAGAGCUUCAUAUUCUCCCGUAGCAAUCUUCGGUUUGUUUUCACAUGCAUGAAAUAAGAGCGUGAAAUGUUAAAAAUGAGAAUUCGCAGUCACAUGCUGGUUUAGUCACAUGACUCUUCAUAUGGUGAACUCAACAAGUGGUUUGUGUGUCAUGCUACCUCACAGCCUGCUAAUGCAAAGUCGGCCAAGUUUUCAGACUAAACGUUUUAGUUUAUAAAUCAUGUUCAUUGUAAUAUUUAGAGCUCAAAAUUGCCCAUUAACUCAUCUCUGUCUGUUACUACUGUAUAAGUAUUUAAACUGUAAUGUAGCCAAAGUUUAAAAAAGAGACAUGUCUUUUAGAAUAUUUUGACAGCAAUAUUUGUAUUAUUUGUUAUGGGCAUAUUUUUAUGUAAUACAUUUUAGAAUUAAAAAAAUGAUUUAUUUCAUCAGG